ACAUUUUGGGACAUGUAGGAUUCGGAGCAUUGGCACAUCAUUAAAUCAGAGCAUUCCUGCCGCUUGAAUGUCAAUUUUGAGCGUUGUGGGUUGUUGUUUGUUGUUGUUUGUUGUGUCUGUUUUUAAUCUGUAAUCUGCCUGAACACUAUGAAAGUGCAACACAAAACUGCAAAAAUACCUCAAAUCUCAUUUCCCUUUUCUGACAUACAGAUUCUAUCCCUUACCUCUAGCGAUAUCUAGCCAUGCAGAUGGUUUUGAUAUAUAUAUAUAUAUAUCUCCAGCCAGGAUUAGGGACAGUGUUUCUGGAAAGGCAUAUUGCUGUUCACUUUUUACAGAUAUUUUUUUUCUGUGAGCAUCAUAAAUAAAAAAAAGUAUUGUAUUGUGCUGCAGAAAUCCCUCAAGGGGCUAUCAAUCAAUAACAAUCUAAUGACCCUUGUAAGAAGGGUUCAAAUAUCAGGGACCUGUUCUCCCCGAUGUGGCUGAAAGGUGUCGUCAAACUGCUUUUCCCAAGUGUAAGAAUGAGGCUCAAUGUGUUUUGUCAUUUGGGUAAACUUAUCUUCUUAGAUCCUGAAGUUUUAUAAAUAAAGUUAAAUCUAAAAGGUAGAACAUGCCCUGAUCUUUUGUGAUUCUUGCAGGGCCUUGCAGAGUGAUAUAUUCUUGUAUUGUGACCGUUUAGUUUUUUCUAUGGUGAGAAAAGCAGGUGAGCCCCAGCAACCAUUCAGCUUGGAGUUUGGGUAAAAACAGACCCGGUUUACAGACCAGAAUGAGGAACAGAAAACACGAACUGUCACAAGCUUAUUAAACCUGGUGCUUUUUGAGCUCUCUUCUGAAGAGAGAGAAAGUCUCACGUUCAACAACGCAGCAGUCCCAUCACACCAGGGGAAGGUUUCAGUAGAACAGCAAUGAAUGACCUCUUUAAUGACACCCAGUAUGUCACUGACUAUGAGGAUCAGGUAUGUGAAAAAGGCGAGCUGGUCAAAUUUGGAUCCAUUGCCAUUCCUGUUUUCUUCUCCGUUGUGAUCACACUGAGCCUCACAGGGAACAUCCUCGUUCUUGUGAUCCUGGCUCUGUAUGAGAACCUCAAGUCUCUCACCAACAUUUUCAUCCUCAACCUGGCCGUCUCCGACCUGGUCUUCACCACCGGUCUGCCCUUCUGGGCCGUUUACCACAUCUGGGGAUGGUUGUUUUCAAAGAUUCUCUGCAAAAUUGUGACUUUCAUCUUCUUCACCGGGUUUUACAGCAGCAUCCUCUUCCUGACCAUCAUGACCAUGUACAGGUAUCUGGCUGUGGUCCACUCUCUCUCUGACCUGAGCACACAAAAGCUUGGCACUGGCAUUUUUCUGUCAAUCCUAAUGUGGAUGAUCAGCAUUGGAGCAGCCGUGCCUUCCCUGCUCUACAGCUCCGUUGUGUCGAUCCCCCACAAGGAUACACCCUCCCUGGGCUGUGAAUAUGAAGACACCCUGCAAAGCAUUGCUAUCUACCAACAGAAUAUUUUCUUCUUGGUAGCUUUUGUGGUGAUGGGUUUCUGCUACGUGCAAAUUCUGCGAAAAAUCACGAAAACAAGAUCCCACACAAAGAACAAAGCAGUUAAGUUGGUCUUCUGCAUCGUGGCUGUGUUCUUCAUCGGCUGGGUGCCAUACAACGUGGUCAUCUUCCUGAGGACUUUGGCUUACAAGUCGGUUGCUCCAUUUAAUGAAUGUGAAACAAGCAUCCAGCUUGAUUAUGCGUUCCACGUGUGUCGGCUCAUUGCUUUCUCCCACUGCUGCCUGAACCCUGUCUUUUAUGCAUUUGUUGGUGUGAAGUUCAGGAGCCAUUUGAGGUCAAUGCUGCAUCAAAUGUUGCGUCGGCAAAGGCCAGUCGAGGAACAGCAGGUGAGAAUGCAAAACCUCAUCUCACGCGGAUCGAUAUACUAGUUGCUGUUCAAGUAUAUCAUUUUCUUGCAUUUAACUGUGCAUCACUUAUUUUGAAAAUGCAUCUUCUAUGCAUUCGAUAAAAUCCAAUUAAAUCAUAUGCUGCAGUUUGUAGCUAGAUGCACUUGAAAUGUCAAAUUUUACUAUUUCUGUUUAUUGUUGCACGUGUGCCUGUGUUAAAUCUUUGUCCUAAUGUGUAGUUUGUACAGGAGGCAGCUUUUUACAGUAAGUUAUAUACUUGUAUUUUGAGAAGAGGUCUUGUUUUUCAUGAGCAGUUAAAUAUAUUAGUCACAGUAGAACUGGAGCUAUUUAAUAAGCAUCCGCAGUGCCAAUGAUUAAUGUAGAUUUCAUAAAUUGUUUACUUUUAAAGGAUAAGAAGUGUUUUUUCCAUAUAGUAUAUUGUGAUUGUGCAAGGGCUUUGUUAAAACCCUUCGUUGUGAUGCAAAUACUGUAUGCUUUUAUAGUGAAGAGAAUCUACACAUUUUCAGAACUUGUUGGAUAAUCAUGUCAAACAUUUUUUAAAAACCAUUCAGUCCUUGAAUUGUCCCAGUGAAGAAACUGCAUUUAUUUUGUAAUAAAAACUACUAAUGCUGACUUUAUUUUACUAAAUAGAUGUUUUUUUCCUCAUUAUGAGCCCCUAUCAAAUGGGACCUUACAUUCAGCUAUAGCUCUAUUCACAGCCUCAUGUUCUGCUGCAAAAUAGAGACAGAUUAUGCGAUCUGAUUUUAUACUUAAAAAAUACAGCUAAAAUACCUAAAUGUAUGUGUUUCUUAGUAAUUAAAAAAAAUGGAAUUGAUUUGAUUGAACCGUCAGCUUAAUCAGAUCUGUGUUGUGUGCAGUGCUUUCAACACAGCUAGAUUACCCUUAAAGAAUGUUUAAAUAAACAUUAAUAACUCUUAUUAGUUUAUUUUUUCACUCUGGGUGAUGAUAAUAUUCACACUUCAUAUGACAAUAUAUUAAUAUACAAUAUAUUAUUUUGGCUGUGAUGUCUUUCUAAUGAUUUCUGAGUUGAUUAUAAUGCAAUGACAUUUUUUUUUGACAACUGUCAUGAGAGAUCUCUUUAGAAGGACUGUAGCACAUAAAGAAACUGCUGUUGGGUAACCAGAAAACUAUUAGAAUAAACUGAGAUACACUGUAAGUCUGAUCAGAGAUUAAAAAAAAAAAAGGAUUUUGUUAAUCAUUAUUCUUGUGCGUGUGAGCAGGUAUAGAGCCGUCCACUUGGACUGCCCUUUCUGACUUCCUCACUUGGUAUAUCGAGUGGCUUUGCACACAUUACAGAUCACAUUUCAUAUCUAAGUGUCCUGGAAGAUAGACACAUUUUCCUUACGGAGACAUAAACAAAAACGUUUCCUUGUUUUGACUGAGAGUCCAAGGUUGUAAUUUGACGUCUUGAACUAAAGUUUCAUCAUACUGGGUGUUGUACAAAAAUACUUUAUCUGAAGAUGUGGAUGUGCAUUUUGAUUGGCCUUAACCUCAUCACAAAGGUGCAUGGGUAUUCAAGUCCUCCCUUCCCAGAGUCAUGUGAAUUCAUGUCACCCCAGCAUGGGAAAUAUUCUGCUCAGAACACUGAAUCGCUGUUUGAGAUCUAUUACGAACAAGGCACAGUGGAAGAGCCAAUUACAGUUAUUCUUGCAAGCAAGCAUUCCACAGCAUUCAGUGGAUUUUUGCUGGAAGCUCGAAAGACAGGGCUGGUCAACGAAGGGCAUCCAGUUGGAAAAUUUAUAACACUCGAACCUUAUGAGGCUGAAGUCAUGACAUGCAGUGGGUUAGCGGGCUCGGCUGUAAGUCAAAAAAACAA